AUGCUUGUAUUAUGCCAGAGCAAUGACAAAGUAUGCAUGUGUUUGCAAAGUGCGCGUGUGUUUCAGUUUCCAAAGAAGUGUGGUGUGGAUGAGACUGUUCUGAGAUGGGAAAACAAUCCAUUUCCUCUCUGUCAUGUUCACAACUUGGUCUUUCCUUCUCCUUCACCAGAAUUGACUAAGCUUUCAUGUCAUGAUCUUUUGCCUUCAUUUUCUGUUGCAGGAAGAGACAGUAAUGCUACUGACAUGGGAAAGAAGGGGAGUUGGUUUUCUGCAAUCAAGAGGGUUUUCACUCACCACUCCAAAGGGAAGCAUGAUGCGGAUAACAAAGGCACAAAAGAGAAGAAGAAAGGUCUAGGAAAAAGGCAUGGAGAGACCAAUUCAUUCAUCCCCCUCUUCAGAGAGCCAAGUAGCAUUGAGAAAAUCUUUGGGGAAUUUGAAAGGGAGCAACAACUACUGGGGAUAAGGCCUGCCACUCCUCCUGAGAGACCCAAAACUCCACCUUAUGUCCCUCCAAGAGCUCCUUCUCCUAGGCCUCCUUCUCCAAGGGCUGCAUCUCCAAGGCCUCCAUCUCCAAGGGCUGCUUCUCCCAGGGCUUCUUCUCCGCGAGGUACCUCUCCCAAAGCUGCAUCUUCCCGGAUUGCUCAUCACCACAAGGAGGUUGGCUACAGACCGGAACCAACUCUGAGGCAACAGAAUGCCUCAGCUACUAAAAUCCAGGCUGUUUACAGAGGUUAUAUGGCCAGGAGGAGUUUUAGAGCACUAAAGGGUCUGGUGAGGCUUCAAGGAGUGGUAAGAGGACAGAAUGUGAAGAGGCAGACAGUAAAUGCCAUGAAACACAUGCAACUGUUAGUGCGAGUUCAAUCUCAGAUUCAGUCUCGAAGGAUCCAGAUGUUGGAAAACCAGGCACGAUAUCAAGCUGAGUUCAAGAAUGAUAAGGAAACAGCCAGUAUCUUGGGCAAACUCACUUCUGAAGCAGGUACUGAAGAGUGGGAUGAUAGCUUACUGACCAAAGAGGAAGUAGAGGCAAGGUUGCAGAGGAAGGUGGAAGCAAUCAUCAAAAGAGAAAGAGCAAUGGCAUUUGCAUAUUCACAUCAGCUAUGGAAAGCCACUCCAAAAUCAAAUCACACCCCAGCGACAGAUACAAGAGCAGGUGGAUUUCCUUGGUGGUGGAACUGGUUGGAAAGACAAGCACCUGCAGCAGCAACUCCACAAGAAAGACAAGUGUUGAAGAAUUUUCAACCCACACCUCCAAGACCAUACCCAGAACAAAAGACUAGUCCAAGACCUGGCUCUAGCACUCAAAGACAGCAGCAGGCUCAUUUUUCCUUUGAUAACAUGGACACUCCCACACCAAAGUCCACAAAAUCAACCAUAGUGACAUCUUCAAAACCAGCACGAACACCUCCAUAUAGAACUCCUCAGGCAAACAGUUCAGGUUCAGGCUCUAAAUAUCUGAGACCAAGGGGUGUGGGAGCCAAUUCACCUUUUGAUGUGCCACUGAAGGAUGAUGACAGUCUCACAAGCUGCCCACCAUUUUCAGUGCCAAACUACAUGGCUCCAACCCUCUCUGCCAAGGCCAAAGUACGUGCUAGUAGUAAUCCUAGAGAAAGGCUUGGUGGUACUCCCACAAGUACUGAUUCAAGGAGAAGACUCUCAUUCCCUUUGUCACAAGGAAUAGGAUCUUUCAAGUGGUCUAAAGGGUUCUCGAGCAAGGAUCAAAUGGUGCCAGAUAACUUUCAGCCACUUGACUCUAUAGGAAACGUGAGUGUGGAUUCAACAGUGUCUUUGCCCGCAAGGGUGGGAAGAAAGCCUUUUACAAGAUUUGUGUGA